UAAUACAUGUAUUCAAUUGCAACUACAAAGUUCAAUCAUACACUAUCCAAACUCCAACAAAAUAAAUUGAAAGGAAAUAUUCUGUUAGGUGAAAACUUUUUCUAGUUUUGAUUAAAUCUAAUAAACCUUUUUUAGUUCCAAUUAAAUGCUAAUUUUGACAUACUCAAAGACUCCAAGCUUCUCCUCCAAAUCCAGAUUCAACCAUGGCGAUGAGCAAAGCUGAAUACCUACCCCAAGAAAUCAUCAUUGAUAUACUCUCCCGGCUGCCUGCAAAAGUCAUAGGCCAAUUUAGAUGCGUGUCAAAACAGUGGCUCAAUUUUCUCUCAGACCCACAAUUCAUCAAAUUUCAUCAUACCAUCCAUUCCCAUAAAGAAGAAUCGAAACUCAUUUUCGUCUCUAGUUCUGGGGCUCUUCACACUAUCACAUUUAACCAAAACCCCCAAAAUGGAACAAUUGAUGCCAUUCCAAGAAAGCUUAAUUUUAGAAUGGGUCUAUGGAGGAGGCAUGGGCAGCUACCUGUUGAUCAUGGAGUUCCUAUUGGUGGUUCUGGGAUUUUAGUAAAUGGGGCUUUGCAUUGGUUGGCUAGGAAAUCUCCUGAUUAUUCCUCUGUAAUUGUUGCUUUUUAUUUAUGUGAUGAGAAAUUCUUGGAGCUGCCGGUACCGAAUGCACUUGAUAACAAUAAUUUUGUGCUUUGUGAUCUUGUGGCUUUUAGAGGGUGUCUUUGUAUGUUGUUGAAUGAUACAGAAGAAAACAAAAUUGAGUUUUGGAUGAUGAAAGAAUAUGGGCUUGAGGAGUCUUGGACCAAAUUUAGGAUUGCUGGACUGGAUUUAGUGCAUGGUUUGGUGCCAUUUUGUUCAAUUAGUGAUGAUGAUGUUGUAUUGAAUGUUGAUAGAGAGAAGUUGAUUGUUUACAACAUGAAAGAGGAUCAAUGGAGUGAUAUGAAGGUUGGUGGAAUAACUGCUAAGUUUGAAAGAACUAGAUCUUUCAUGGAGAGUCUUGUGUCUCCUGUGUUAGGCAAGGGUACUUAGGGUUAUGAUAUUGCUUGAUGCAAUAUUCUGAGUUGAUGCUGUACUCAGAAUUAACCAUGGUGCCCAACAUGCUGAACGCGAAAAGGUGCAGACUUGAAUAUCAUUACCAGCAUCCAGUUGAAAGCUCGAGCUCAAGUACACCACAUCAUAACAAAACUGAAGUUCAAAGUCUGAUAACUCCUGAGCGAAUGAGUGGGGUUUCAGGCAAUAAAAAUAAAGAAAGAGCUCAGUUAUUUGGUAAUACUAAUGGUGACUUGGUACGAAUCAAUCAAGAUCAUAAGAUGCAUAAAGUUGAAAUGGACAGGCUUGUAUCUGGUUUAGCUGCACUAGAAUCAUCAAUUCAAGUUGAGGCAAUUCAUAUUUUUUGCAAACGAAGUUUCACUCUUUUCUUCUAAUUGCAAAACCAUUGAUAAAAAGUGCAAUGGGAACUCUGUAAGAGGGUCGGUUAUUGCCAUGGAGCUUUAAAGGAAAAUUAUUGACAAAAUUUCUAAUAGUUUUGUUCAAUCAAGUUAUUGUCAUGGAGUUCAAUUUUCUGCUCUUGAUUGUCUCCAAACUGCUAUUCAAGACAAGGAUGGACUAAGACAUUCAUUGCUUUGCAAAGUGGUAUUGGGAAUAUUGGAAGUAGUACAUCCUAGUUCAGGACAGUCUCAGCCAAGUCCGGAGGAUCUUGUUUCUGGGUUUGACAUGUUAUUAUCUUCAAGAAAGUACGUAGUUUGGAGUAGUCACUGGAAUACUCAUAUCUUAACUCAUAGUCAGUUUCAGAGUUCCUCAUUAAGAAGGGUUGAUGACUAUCCAACUCCUUCAAAGAAUGUAAAUUUGUCCAAGGAUUUCCUUUGAUGCUGUGAUCACUAGAUUAUUAAGGAUCUUGUCUUCUCGUGUUAUCAAAUUGAUAACAAAAUAUCAAAAUGAUCAAGAAACAAUGGGCAAUUGGAUCAGUUCUGCCUACUAAACUUGAUCGUGUCUCAAAUAUGAACAAUAUAUGUUUGGAGUGGCUUAACAAACAAUCUCCAAGAUCUAUUCUUUAUA